AUGCUCAACAGGAAUGAGAAGAUUCAUGGUGCUCUUGUCAAACUUGGGUUUAUUCGUAAUGAAAGUGACUACGGUGUGUAUACCAAAGGAUCUGGGUCUACCAUGGUUAUUAUUGCACUGUAUGUUGAUGAUUUACUUAUUUCUGGCAAUUCUCCUGAAGUCAUUGCCAAAACCAAGUCUUCUUUGUCAUCUAUGUUUAAGAUGAAAGACUUGGGCCCAGUCGAGCAGUUCCUUGGCAUGAGAGUUAAGCAGUCACCUUACCAUAUUACUGUGGAUGUUUCACGUUAUAUUUUUGACGUGUUGGAGGAGUUUGGUAUGCAGAAUUGUUCAAGUGUCAAGACUCCUUUACCCACUCGUGAUCUUUCUGAUUUUUCCGAGUCUGACUCUGCUACCGAUGCCUCCAUGUAUCGCAGUAUUAUUGGUAAGCUGAUUUAUGCUGCUAAUUGUGCUCGUCCUGAUCUUGCUGUUGCUGUUAGCUUUCUUUGUCGAUAUAUGCAGAAUCCUAAGUCUAUUCAUAUGGAAGCUGCUAAGCAUACUCUUCGUUAUCUUAAGGGUACUGCUGAACUUGGUCUUGAAUAUCGAGCUCAGAAAGUCUACAAGCUUGUUGGCUAUAGUGAUGCCGACUAUGCACAGGACAAGCAGGACCGUAAGUCCUUUACUGGUCCUGCAUCGUCCAGCGUCGAGUCUGAGUACAUGUCAUUGUCUGAUGCGUCUAAGGAAUGCUUCUGGAUUAAUCAGUUGUUGUCCCUUUGCAAGAUUCCUGUUCCGUUGCCAGUGACUAUGUUUGAGGAAAAUCAGGGAUGUAUUGCUUUGGCUCAGAACCCAGUGUUUCAUCGUCGCACCAAGCAUAUUGAUGUUCGUUAUCAUGUUGUGCGUCACUAUAUUCGCAGUGGAGUGAUUCAUCUGGAGUAUCUUGAUACUCAAGUGAUGUUGGCAGAUAUGUUCACUAAGAAUCUUGGUCGUGUGAAGUUUGAGACAUUGAGGGGACUACUUGGUAUGAAGGCAGUAGGUGAUUCUGCGACAAGGGGAGGUGUUGAGCAUGCAAUGUUGUCGCAGACUAGUGCAGUUGAUAAUGCACUCUUCUCCGCUAUGUCUAAUAACGGAAACACUACAGGAGUCAAUGAAGGACCCUCAUCCUUCGAGUCAGCCAGCACUGGAAGUUCUGUUGCCCACUCAACAUCUGAGACCCAUUCAAAGAACAACGCCAGCUCUUAUGAGACAUUCGCCGAUCUCCCUGUUCAUCGUCAAAUUGAUCUAGCUGAACGUUCUGGAUUUACCGUUAGAUAA